ACAAAAUCAGGAGCAUUCUCUUCUCCAGCGCUCAUCACUUCCUGGAGCUAGGAGCUCUCCCAUCUUUCCCUUCUGGUUAUUUUGCAAUUCAUGGGACUCAAAUCUCAGCAGAAUGUCCCUCAUUAAAAACAAAAGCCCAUCUACAGGCAAUGAGGCGUCCGAAGAUCUUGGCUACUCGCUGCCAGAAUUCUUUCAAUGUAUUGAGAAUUUUACUAAGGAAAGCAAGAAAUCCAGUCUCCUGAAGACUCAGGGUAUUUCACUGGUGGAGGCCCAGAAAAUGCUUACUCAAAAUGUGAACACUAUGUCCCUUGUCAGUGGCACCGGGGAAGAGAAACAACAGCCCAAGACAGUCUUCACGUGCAGGGUGGUGAAGAAAUCGGAGCGCAAGCCAGAGUCCAUGACUGAACUCCUGCAUCGCAGCCUGGUGUCCGACUCGCUCUUGCCCGUGGAGAGGCUCUUCCGGUCCCGCCAGAGACUCGUGCAGAUGGGCAUCCCACCCCCCAUGCACUCUUUUCCCUAUGACAUUCUCGUCGGUCACUCAAAAGCUUGGACUCUGAUCACCUCUGAGCAGGAAAUUUCGAAAGUCACAAUGCCACAAUGGACAGGCUUUCUCAGCAGCCCGCUGCCCAGGAAAAUCUGUGAAGACAGACUCCCUAAAGUCUUCUUGGUCUACCGAGAAAAACAAUUCAUAGAUCUAAAGGACCUGGAAUUGAAGUAUUUUAAGGGACUUGUCAAGUGGAGCCGCACUACUUCAAUUUCAUUUUCAAAAAUCAGCUAUGAUGCUGACAAGAGAUACGUGGAGAGCCGAGACAUGCCUGUCAUAUUCCCCCCUCUGACUCGUAAAACUCUGUUUGUUUAUCCUCAAGUUGAUUAUGAAAAAGAAGCAAAUUAUCGUCUGAGAUGGGAAAUAUAAUUCAUUAAAAUAUUCUGGAUAUGU